AUGACCAACCCGCGUCCCGACCCUGCGCCCGUCGUGGUUGUCGUAGGAAAUGGCCCCGCAGCUCUUUUCCUGUCGUACCUGCUCCAUGGCAAUGUUCCGUUCUACGAUCCAGCAACCACCGGACCGCACCCGGACUCCCAUCUUCAUUCUCUUUUAAAAAAAUAUUCUUAUACACCAUCUGGUGGCCCGUCAUUGCUUGAUGCUGUGGCUGAUCUGACUGUUCUGGACUACAUUAGGUCUCGGUACGUUUCCUUUUACUCUGUCAACACAAACCCCAUAGCAUUGCUCGUCGAUACUUUGAUUGCUUCAGAUGAAGCUAGAUUUGCAUCGCUCGCGUGCAAACAAUCCCGAAUCAAAUGGGUUCAUCUGCCCGAUACUGCUGUCCCCCACAUUGUUUUUGGUGCAAGCCCAGCACCAGGAGGCCAAUGGGCAUUUUCAGACAAUAAUUCAUCCGUACUUCACCCAGACGAAAAGGACCAACAAUCUUUGUCUUAUGCGGAAAUGCUUUCAUUGCCAGGAUAUUCCUUUACCGAAUUUUUUUUAACAGCAAACACAAACCAAAUUGAUGACUAUGUGCGACCAUGCAGAGGCGACAUUUCACGUUAUUAUGCAGCUUACCCUCACCAGUUGGGCCUGGAAAACGUUUUCCAAUCUAGCACCGUUGUAACUUCAGUUGAUUCCGUAAUCAACGAUUCGGGCGAACGCAUUUUCCGUGUCGAUUAUUUACACCUUAAAGACCCCACAGUUCGAUUAACAAUUCAAACACCAGUGGUCGUCUUGGCUUCUGGAGUUUUCGAAAAACCACUAAAAGAACUUCGCAAAAAUUCCAUCCAUCAACGACCAGUAUCCCCAGGCAUUAUGCCUACACGGCUUCUUCCACCCCAGGGAGUCUCUCGUGAAGACUUGGAAGCCGAUAUUUCUUCACGGGAGCCCGCGGUUUUAGUUCCACAAUGUGUUCCUAGUGAUGGACCGUCACCGGCCGUGCUUGUUAUUGGCUCAGGUGUAUCUGCAGCUGAAGCCGUGGCACGGUGUGGUCAGACAUCCAAUGUCAUCCACGCUUUUCAAUGGUCGAAUGCAAACCCCUCGCCUCUCCGCAGACUUGCCCGCGAAUCUUACCCGGAAUACGCACGCAUUCUUAAACUCAUGAAACGGGCCGUCAAAGCCCAGCGUGAGGCUUUGGCACAACCUACAACAUCCCCCCACGACACUGGGCUUGAUCAAGUAGCCAUUACAAUGCGACAGCCGCUCGACGACGGGAACAAGCCGCACUCUUGGUACCUGGGUGUCGCCAACGCGUUGGUUCAAUCUGUAUCUCCAUGUGGACGUGUCACUUUAUUAUUACCGGGAGAAAUGGGUAAUCGUACAAUCACAGCUAAUGUUUCCAAAAUAAAAAUUUGUACAGGUAGAUCUGGAUCGUUGGAGUAUUUGGGGCCUUCAGUACGUCGUUUGGCAGGUCUUCGGUCUGUAAAUGCAGACCUUGGAUCAAUUUCUAAAACAUUUCUAGAGACUCAUGCUCGCGAGUUUUCAAAGGAUGAAGUUUCGGAUGACGAUUCUCUUUCCAUUUGCUCAAAUGAUUUACCUGAUUGUUGUCCUCCUUCUCCUAAACCUGGAGCUGCGUCGUCACCUGGAACCUCAUGUCAUUUGCGCUUGGGUCAUGGUCUUUAUGCCAUUGGAAGUCUCACUGGUGAGACACUUGUGCGGUUUAUGCUUGGUGGGUGCAUGUGGGUAGCUCAUGAUAUAAAUCUCAAUCGUGCACGUUCCAAAGAACUAUUAGCAAUUUGA